ACCCUUCGUCGUCAUCUUCUGAAGAUGACCAGCGUUCUACCUUAAGGCAGCAAGUACGAAGGGAUGUGAGCUCUCUGUUCAUUGUGGGCACCAACCCUUCUGCCAUCAUGAAGGAGAGGAGGCAAAGGGGAGAAAGCUCUUUGUCUUCCUCUUCUGAAGAGGAUGAGCCUUCUACUCGUAGCCUACUACUCGGAGGCGGCAGCAGCAUGGAGAGGAGAGAGCCCUUCGUCGUCAUCUUCUGAAGAUGACCAGCGUUGUACCACCAGGCUGCUAGUACGAAGGGAUGUGAGCUCUUUGUUCAUUGUGGGUACCAAUCCUUCUACCAUCACGAAGGAGCGCAGGCAAAGGGGUGAGAGCCCUUUGUCUUGUGCAGAAAACCAGCCUUCUACCACCAGGCAGCAAGUACGAAGGUUUGAGAGCCCUUCGUCGUCAUCUUCUAAAGAUGACCAGCGUUCUACCACCAGGCAGCAAGAACGAAAGGAUGUGAGCUCUUUGUUCUUCGUAGGCACAAACAUGAAGGAGCGCAGGCGAAAGGGUGAGAGCCCUUUGUCUUGUGCAGAAAACACGCCCUCUACCACCAGUGCAAGAAAGGAGAGGGAGAUCAUUGAAAGAGAAAAGCAGCGUUUGGAGGAGGAGGGUUUAAAAAGAGAAAGGUGUGAAAAGAUGAAGAGAAAGAACCAGGAGAAGGAGAGGAAAACGUUUGGUCUGCGUUCAAGAAUGUACAUUUGGUGGCUCAAUUGCAAGAUAGACAACAUUGCCAGGGACAUCCAAUCAACCUUUGUGGAUGAGCGCCACCGCCUGCGUCAUGAUCCCCUCAGAAAUCAAGAGAAAAUGGCAGAAAAAGAACGGCUGCUUGACCGAAGGAGGGAGCUGGUCGUGUACAAACGCAGACAAGAAUUUAAAGUGGAGAGGGAAGUGAGGAAGCAAAGACUGAAGGUAGAGAGGAAGGAAAUAAAUGCGAAGAAGAUGGAGAAUAUCUCUGAGUUAUGCAGCAACUCAGAAUACCCAGCUAUGUUAAAUUUUCUCUACGGACCAAUGCCAGUCAGGUCACAUAUAUAUAUCAAUUAAGAUAAAAGUAGAGCAAUCAGAAAAAUGGCACCAAAUAGAGAGAGGUAAUUGAGGGAGAUGGCAAACAUUUCAGAUUUGACAAAACAGAAGUAAAGAAAAGUAAAAUAUUCUUUUAAAACAUUAGCAACCACCAUCAAAUAUCCUUGUAACCACAUGAUAACACCAUAGAUGUUGGCUUUAAUUUAGUUAUACAGUCAAAGAGCUUUGUGCAAAUAAAUGUGUCCUAACUUAGCGCCACCUGACCCAAUCUAAUUCAUCCUAACCUAGGCUAAUUUAACCAAGGUUAGCCCAACACCUAUCCUAAUUUAGCUUUGGUUAGGCUCUGGCAGAGACCUUAGGGUUAGACCCUAAAGACAGUAGAAAGAAAAAAGUAAGGCAAGAAUAGGUUGAAAAUAGUAAUAAAAACUUA